AUGUCCAGGCCCAAAGUUCUCCUCCUAGGAAAAAUCGAGCUUGCGCACAAAGAAUGGUCCAAAAUCUCUUGCGUGGCCGAAAUUAUUGAGCCCAAAGCUCGAUCUCGCGAGGAAUUUAUACAGGAGUGUAAGGCUGGCGCUUUCGACGGUGUCGUCGCAGCAUUCAGGACCGUGGGGAGCGUAGCCAUUACUGGCAGGAUAGAUGAGGACCUCGUGCCUAUACUCCCUAGGAGCCUAAACUUCAUAGUUCAUAAUGGAGCGGGCUACGAUCAGAUUGAUGUGCACACCUGCACAGAGCACGAUAUCCGAGUUGCUAAUGUGCCAAUGGCGGCAGAUAAUGCUACUGCAGAUGUGAACAUGUUCCUUAUCUUAGGAGCUCUGCGAGGCUUUAACACAUCCAUGGUGGCACUCCGCAAUGGCUUCUGGAAGGGCUUCUCCCCACCACCUUUUGGUCACGACCCACAAGGCAAAAUCUUAGGUAUAUUAGGUAUGGGAGGGAUUGGCCAGAACCUUAUGAAGAAAGCUACUGCGUUUGGCAUGACCGUCCAGUACCACAAUCGCUCAAAGCUAUCGGACGAGCUAAGUGGAGAAGCAAAAUACGUUAGCUUCAAAGAGUUAUUAAGGACUAGCGAUGUUCUAUCUCUAAAUUUACCUUUGAAUAAAAGCACCCACCACAUUAUUAGCACCAAGGAGUUUGAGUUGAUGAAGGAGUGUGUCGUGAUAGUCAACACCUCCCGAGGGGCAGUUAUGGACGAGGAUGCCCUUGUAAAGGCGUUAGAUGAGGGGAAAGUAUGGUCAUGUGGACUCGACGUCUUCGAAGACGAGCCUAAGGUCCACCCAGGCCUGAUCGCUAACUCACAUGUAAUGCUCCUGCCACAUAUGGGAACAUGGACUGUGGAGACGCAGAUGAAUAUGGAGAUAUGGUGUAUCGAAAAUGUGUGGAGCGCCCUUGAGAAGGGGAGGCUGAUGAGUCCGGUUCCAGAGCACAAAUACUUGUAAGCCAGACCCUGGUGGGGUGUAGAAGUUUGAAAAAUAGGCCAACGAGCUCCUUAAAACAGCGACAAAAGCUGCCCUUAUCAGCAGCCUCCUAGCUGUCGCAUCGUUAAAUAGAGUAUAUUAGUUGCCAUGUGCAAGGGUUAUUAUAGUUCAAUAAUUGCAUAGAG